AUGGCCGUUCGGAAUGUGUAUACAUCACGCGACGAACGAUUAAUGUGGGAACACAUCUUUAAGAAGCUACAGGAGGGAGAUGAAGCUGCUUAUCAACCAAAGGGUUUAAAGUUAUGGAAAACUUUUGAAGCCAUUCAGAAAACCAACAAAACCGCCUCAUCACUUGCUACACAUUUUCGUAAAGCAAUGUACGAUCAUAUCGAAGAAGCCAAGAUACCGGUGGAGCAACAGUUAUAUAUCGCAAGUCAACUCAACCUAAAACUAUCGAGGCGCCAGCAAAAAACAAUCGAAUACAAAGAAAAUAUUUCAAUCACUGUAGAUGGUUGCGGUUUCGUGACUGCAUAUGAAAAGGAAGGUAAACAGUAUCUUCCAUCUCUACUUAAGAAAGGAACUUUAUGCGAAGACAAUAAUAUAAAUGAUGAAAUAGGUUACGACGCAUUUGAACUAAAUGGUAAGCUGCAUCCAAAGAUCUUGGAAUGA